AUUGCUUCUUGUGGGAAAAUAAUUUUCCAACUGUUUUGACAUGUCAGUUCCUACGAGCGCAAACUCAAAUGUGCUUGAAACAUCGUGCACUGAAGAUAAACUAUAUACUUGUGAUUACUGCAAAAGGACAUUUUCUGAGAUUUCAAAUCUGAAAUCACAUUUGAAGAUUCAUGAGAUUGAAAAACCAUAUGCUUGUGAUCAUUGUAAAAAAACAUUUUCUGAAAUUUCAAACCUGAAGACUCAUUUGAAGAUUCACACUAAUGAAAAACCACAUGCCUGUGAUCAUUGUAAAAAAGCAUUUUCGCGGAGAUCGACUUUGAAAAAACAUUUGAAGGUUCACACUAAUGAAAAACCAUAUGCUUGUGAUCAUUGUAAAAAAACAUUUUCUGAGAUUUCAAACCUGGAAACUCAUUUGAAGGUUCACACUAAUGAAAAACCACAUGCCUGCGAUCAUUGUAAAAAAACAUUUUCUGAGAUUUCAAAGCUGAAGACUCAUUUGAAGGUUCACACUAAUGAAAAACCACAUGCCUGUGAUCAUUGUAAAAAAGCAUUUUCGCGGAGAUCGGCCUUGAAAAAACAUCUGAGGGUGCACACCAAUGAAAAACCGUACACCUGUGAGUACUGCCAAAGGACGUUUGCUGGGAGCUCAAACAUGAAAACACAUAUGAGGACACACACGAAAGAAAAACCAUUCACUUGUGAGUACUGUCAAAAGACUUUUUCUCAGAGUUCAGGCGUGAAGAGACAUUUGAGGAUACAUACCAAAGAAAAACCGUACGCUUGCAAGUACUGUGAGAAGACAUUUUCUGUGAGUUCAAAUUUGACUACGCACUUAAGAACACACACUAAGGAAAAACCGUAUUCUUGUGAGUACUGUGGGAAAACAUUUGCCGUGAAACCGUCUUUGAAUUGGCAUUUGAAAAUACACGAGAGCCAAGGGGGCGAAGUCAAGAAAACAUUUCCUUGCGAGUGCUGUGAUAAGAUGUUUUCCCAGAGCUCGCAUUUGAUAUCGCAUCUGAAGAUACACACUAAUGAAAAACCGCAUCGUUGUGAGCACUGUGAAAGGACCUUCUCUCAUCGUUCGAAUCUGAAUGCGCACUUGAGGGUGCACUCGAAUGAAAAACCGUUCUCGUGCGACUAUUGUAAGAAGUCUUUCAGUCGUUCUUCGUAUCUGAAAGUGCAUUUGAGAACGCACACUGAAGAGAGGCCGUACUCUUGUGAGCGCUGUGAGAGGGCGUUUUCUCAUCGCGCGAGUUUUAACUACCACUUGAUGGUUUGUACGAAAAAAAAAUCGAAUCUUGGAGGGGGCGAAAAAUCUGCACCCAAUGUCUGAUACAGCCUGAUGCAGAAAGACGAGAUUGGUGAAUGUUUGUGCCAAUACAGUGCCCGCCACUAAUAAAAUCACUGGAUUAUAAUAUCAGCCGCUUUAUAAAAUCAAAUCUGGAAGAACAGAAUCAUUACUAUAUCAAAAUAUGUUAGAAUUAUCCUUUAAUAAAAUCAUCCUCGCCGUUUUAUGAAAUCAAACUUUUGGAGAGCAUAUGCUAAUUCUUCUCUGAAUAGAACCAGGAUUUUAUUUUUUCUUUCAAGAUUUAAAACAGUGCAGCACUAAUAAAAUAACAAAUUCACAUAAAC